AGGGAGCUGGCGUUCGCAGCUCUACAGAUAACCGUGGCUAGGAACAGUCAGUUUGAAACAGUGAUCGUGUGACUGUCGCUUAGAAUGUCAGCGAUGCAAUUGUUACUCGUAAUUUUCGGGCUAGCGGCGGUGUACGGUGAAAGAAAUGUGAGGCAAGAUGCUUUCCAACAUACACUGGGUCACUUGGGACCCCGGACCUCGCCAGCAGUGCAGGCCGACGCUGCUAAAGGUGUUGCUGAGAGGUUGCUGGGUGCAGAUGUAGCCGAAUUAUUCAUACUUAACGUGGAUCGGACCAUUGGUCCUAUCGGCAAAGAUACAUUUAUGAUAACAAAAAAUUCUCUCGGAAAAAUCGAAAUCACCGGCACUUCCGGUGUGGCCGCCACCUGGGGCUUGCACUAUUACCUGAAGACCUAUUGCAAUGCUCAUUUAUCAUGGGAAGGUAAUCAGCUAGAGCUACCGAACACGUUGCCAGACGUUCAAGUGACCGUUGUAUCGAACGACAGGUUUAGGUAUUAUCAGAACGUCUGCACUUUCGGCUAUAGCUCUGCCUGGUGGCAGUGGGAGCAAUGGGAAAGGAACAUCGACUGGAUGGCGCUUAAUGGGAUCAAUUUAGCACUUGCAUUCAAUGGGCAAGAAGCUAUCUGGGAACGAGUGUAUCUUGAACUUAAUUUAACCGUGGCCGAGGUUAACGAUCACUUUGGGGGUCCAGCUUUCUUGCCUUGGGCUAGAAUGGGCAAUAUCCGUGGUUUCGGGGGUGGGCUCAGCCACAACUGGCAUGCAGCAACCAUCCGCCUGCAGCACCGCAUUCUCCAAAGGAUGAGAGACCUGGGGAUUAUUCCUGUUCUCCCAGCUUUCGCUGGACACGUGCCAAGGGCCUUCAAAAGGCUGUUCCCUCAGGCGAACAUGACGAAGCUGGGCGUUUGGAAUCAUUUCGCGGAUAAAUACUGUUGUCCUUAUCUCCUGGACCCAACUGAUCCAUUGUUCCGGACGGUCGGCGAGAAGUUUCUCGAGGCGUACAUCAAGGAGUUUGGAACCGACCACGUCUACAAUUGCGACACGUUCAACGAGAAUGAGCCGCACACUAGUGAGCUGAGGUACCUGCGAAACAUUGGGCGCUCGGUUUUCAACGCUAUGAGCAACGUUGAUCCGAAAGCGAUAUGGCUGAUGCAAGGCUGGUUGUUCGUCCACGAGAGUACAUACUGGACUCCAGCGAGGGUACAAGCUUUCCUGAUGUCUGUGCCAAUUGGUAAAAUGAUCGUGCUGGAUCUCCAGUCUGAACAGUUUCCCCAGUACAAGAGACUGAACUCGUAUCACGGUCAACCUUUCAUUUGGUGCAUGCUGCACAACUUCGGCGGGACACUCGGUAUGUUUGGAUCCGCGAACAUUAUUAACCGUCGGAUAUUUGAAGCCAGAAACAUGCCAGGCAGCACGAUGAUUGGCACAGGCCUGACUCCGGAAGGGAUAAAUCAAAACUACGUGAUCUACGAUCUAAUGAACGAAAUGGCCUAUCGGGAGCAGCCUGUCGACUUGCAGCGAUGGUUCGAGAACUAUUCCAUUCGGAGGUAUGGCGCGAGGAACGAGUACACAAUUGCUGCAUGGAGGAGUUUAGGGGAAACGGUCUACAAUUUCGAUGGUCAGAGGAAAAUGAGGGGACGUUACGUGAUCUCUCGUCGACCAAGCUUGAAUCUCGCGCCAUGGUCCUGGUACGAUCCCGAAGAAUUCCUUAACACGUGGGCUAUCUUCCUAAAAGGGAGACACGGUAGAGGGAACAGCACUCUCUAUAGGCACGACGUGGUUGACAUGACUCGUCAAGCUCUUCAGCUGAAGGCUGACCAUUUGUACUUGGAUCUGAUGGACUCUUUCAAAAGGAGCAACUUCUCCUCUUUCAGAGAGGCUGCCAUAUUCAUGCUAGAACUCUUCGAUGAUCUGGAGUCUAUACUGGCCAGUGGGAAGGACUUCUUACUAGGCACGUGGCUUCGAGACGCUAAAGAUCUAGCGACCGACGCUGUAGAGGCGCAAGUGUACGAGUACAACGCUAGAAAUCAGAUCACUUUGUGGGGACCGAGGGGAGAAAUCAGGGAUUACGCGAAUAAGCAAUGGUCCGGAGUCGUCGCGGAUUACUUCAAGCCUCGCUGGAUGAUUUUUCUGGAUGAAAUGGAUGCUGUGCUAACCAAAGACGCGAAGUUGAACGUAACGAGCAUCAACGAAAAGAUAUUCGAGGAGGUCGAGAAGCCUUUUACAUUUUCUCGGAAGCUUUAUCCAACGGAAGCGAAAGGCGACUGUAUCGAGUUGGCGAUGAAAGUCUUGUCGAAGCUUAGCAAAGUCGGGAUCGCCAGGAAAAAUAGGGGAUCCAUACGGAAAGGCGUAAGAGGCCAGGGAAGAAUGAAGUUAAGAAACUCGAGGGCUUAUUGGAUGGAUCAUUAAAUACACUGAAUGUAAACUUUGUAAAGAUCGUUAAUAUUGAUAAAAGGACGUUCUACCGUCGGAUAGAAUUACAGAAUGAAACGGCAAAGAUAGAUUCGAAGAUCUUAAUCGAGUGCUAGAGAAAAAUCGUAGACCUAUAGAGACGGUAAAAAGGAAUUGUUGUUAACGAGUCGAGUGCUAGCUAGAUACAGGUACAUCGGGUACAGUAAAGUAUCUAGACGCAAGAGAGCCGUAAAAGUACUUCCGCUUGUCGCUGACAUCGUUCCCGCUGAUUAAAUGACGUCUUGGCAGUAAACGAUUAACAGAACCCUUCGGCCAACUGACUGCCUUCCGCUGUGUAAAUUAAUAAACGGAAAAUCCAUCGGUGAGAUUGAUUGAUUGUCGAGGAAAAUCAACGUUCGGCCUGAAAAAUCUACGACUUUUCGUCGCUAAUCCAGUCAACGUUCUCUCACGACUUGUAUCUUGACGAUUAUUUAUAAAUUACACCCUCAAUUGGCUGAGUUCGACGCACGGUCUACUAUAAUUAGUAAAAGAACUAUUAACCCUUUGCCCUCGAGAGGUGAUUCUCGGUCACCAUUUUGUUUCAUACAGUAAAACUACAAAAUUUGAUAGUUAAUUUAAAAUUUUAAUGUUAUACUGCGUACAAUGCAUCAAUAAUAAAUGAAAUAUUGAAAUAAAAUAGCAUUGUUCCACAAAAUAUCUUUGCCUCAUCAGAAAAUGUGAAAAUAUUUUUGGAAAACGUCCGAGUGCAAAGGGUUAAUCCAUAUUUUUGGAUCAAAUAUUUCGGAUGAAUUUGAUCUUGACAAUGGUAGUGUAACAAUAAUUUUGUAAUAUCAAUUACGUCGUAACUGUAAUCGUUGUUGGUAACGUUUUUAAAUAAAAGUUUGUUU